AUGGCACUCAGGAGCGGUUGUGCUCAAAAUGAUCAUCAACGCAUCGUGGAUAGAGCUGAUGAAUAUGAUGAUGGGUCUUUUGAUCAACUGUUUGAAAAGUAUAGACAAGAAACAAAAGAGAACGAUGGGGCAUUUACAUUGGUGGAAAAGGAAAUUGUAAUGGCAUUGAUGUGGAUGCAUAAUAAUGGUGCCAAAAGAGAGUCUUUCAAGUCCAGGAGUAUAAGCCCCUCUGGUACUCGGAGUUGCUAUGCUCAAUUUACGCACCCACUUGGGAUAUUGCCUGUUAUACCCAAGAAGAAGAGCACAGAAAGCGGAGAUCAAAGGUUUAUAAUGCCCGAGAAAAGGCCAAGUAGUUCUGAUAAUAGUCAUGAUGAUCAUCACCAUAUUCUUGAAGAAGAAGAGGAGGAGGAGAAAGCCAAGAGUAGUGCCUCUAGUAAGAAAGAGAACGUAACUGGAAUUCUUACAGGGUAUGUAAACAAAAACACGUACUCAAAGACAGGCACUGCUCGUGAAGAUAAGAAAGAGGGGAAAAAGAAAGAGAAAAAGAUCAGUAGCAGUAAUAGAAAACGAUGCUUUGAACUUGAAGACGUUCACAAGGAGGAGGAAAAGAGGUCGCCAAGCAAAAGAGGGAAGAGUGCUGGCUCAAAGGCACUGGACUUGGGUUUUGAUUUCUCUGAUGAAAUAAAAGCUAUAAUCGGAGAAGAUGGAGAUAAGGAUUUCAAGCUAAGGAUAAGGAAAAUGUUGUACCAAACUGAUAUGAGCGCACACCAUGAUCGUUUCACAAUGCCUUGUAGACAAAUUAAUGAAUGCGAAAAUCUCUUAAUUGGUGAUGAGAAGACGAAUGUCUGUGAAAGUGGCAUAGGAGUAACAUUGGUAGAAUUGGGUCUUGGUGAUAACAAAAAUAGCAUGUUCACCAGUCAACUGAGGAUGAAGCAGUGGGACAUGAAUACAAGCAGUUCCUAUGCGUUAAGAAGCGGCUGGAAAGAUGUCGUGGGUAGGAAUGUGGGAGUGCUCCAGAAAAAUGACUAUGUGCAGAUUUACUCCUUCAGGCGCAAAGAGGAACUAUGGCUCGUCCUCAUCAAGGAGUCUGAUCAUGAAGGAGGUCGCAGAGAUGGCGUCUUUGGAAGGAGUGGUACUCAAGGGAAUGAUAGAAAUCGUCCUGCUAUAGCAUGA